AAAUGAGCACCACAAACCAAGCAACCUUUUCCUUCUCAUUGUACACUAAGUCUUCGUUAUUGUUAUUCCUAAUCCACGCCAACUUCUAAUCAUAUUCUCUCAGAUCAUUAAGCGCUAAUCAGAACCCUUUGUAAACCCUUCUGCUCUGAGCUGACUUUCGCUCAGUGCAAUCACAUUUUGUUCUUGUUGCUGCUUGUGAAUUGGGAGAGCUGCAGAGGAAGGCCAAUGGCCAUGGCGAGCUCCUCCAAGCAGAGGACUUUACCAGCUUUCGUCUUUUUGUCUUGUUUGUUGGUGUUGGUUCAGUUUAUGGGCGCAAGGAAUCUCUUUUCCAUGGCUGCCAACGUGACUUACAGCCGCCGCGCCCUCCUCAUCGAUGGCAAGCCAAGAGUCCUCAUUUCGGGCUCUAUCCAUUACCCGCGAAGCACUCCUGAGAUGUGGCCGGACCUUAUUCAAAAGUCCAAGGACGGUGGCCUUGACGUCGUGGAAACGUACGUCUUCUGGGACCUCCACGAGCCUGUUCGCAACCAGUACGAUUUCGAAGGUAGGAAGGAUCUCGUGAGGUUUGUAAAGACGGUUGCAGAGGCUGGACUAUACGUCCACCUGCGGAUCGGACCGUAUGUUUGUGCAGAGUGGAACUAUGGAGGAUUUCCCGUUUGGUUGCAUUUCAUACCUGGGAUCAAAUUCAGGACUGAUAAUGGGCCCUUCAAGGCAGAGAUGCAGAGGUUUACUGCGAAGAUUGUAAAUUUGAUGCAGCAGGAGAAUCUCUACGCGUCCCAGGGAGGUCCCAUCAUCUUAUCCCAGAUAGAGAAUGAAUAUGGUAAUAUUCAAUCAGCUUAUGGCCAAGCAGCGAAAUCUUACAUAAGCUGGGCAGCUUCCAUGGCCACGUCUCUAGAAACAGGUGUGCCAUGGGUGAUGUGCCAACAGGCCGACGCCCCCGAUCCUAUAAUAAAUACUUGCAAUGGAUUUUACUGCGAUCAAUUUACACCAAAUUCUGCUAAUAAGCCCAAGAUAUGGACAGAAAAUUGGAGUGGAUGGUUUCUCUUAUUUGGUGGUCGAGCACCAUAUAGACCGGUCGAAGACCUUGCAUUUGCUGUUGCACGGUUUUUCCAGCGCGGUGGUACUUUUCAGAAUUAUUACAUGUAUCAUGGAGGAACAAACUUUGGUCACAGUUCAGGUGGUCCUUUCAUUGCCACCAGUUAUGAUUAUGAUGCUCCUAUUGAUGAGUAUGGUAUAAUUAGGCAGCCUAAGUGGGGCCACCUAAGAGACUUGCAUAAAGCGAUAAAGCUUUGUGAAGAACCAUUACUAACGGCUGACCCAACAAGUCCCAGUCUUGGUCCAAAUUUGGAGGCGCAUGUUUAUAAGACAGCAACAGGGAGAUGUGCAGCUUUUCUUGCUAAUAUUGGCACUCAAUCUGAAGCAACUGUUACUUUCAAUGGAAAGACUUACCAAUUACCUGCAUGGUCUGUUAGCAUCCUGCCUGAUUGCCAAAAUGUGGUCUUCAAUACUGCCCAGAUCAACUCUCAAGCUACCACUGUGGAAGCUUUAUAUCUGACCUCUGAAACUCAGGCUUCAGAUAAAGCAACUGCUUCCUCUAUUGUUUCACUAUCAGAUUGGACUUUUGUUAAUGAGCCCGUUGGUAUAUCAAAGAGCAAUGCCUUCAAACAAAAAGGGUUACAGGAACAGAUAAACACCACUUCUGACAGUAGUGAUUAUCUCUGGUAUUCAAUAAGUAUUGACAUAAAUGGAAAUGAAUCUUUUCUUAGUAGCACGUUACAAUCAACUCUCCAUGUAGAAUCACUUGGACAUGUCCUCCAUGUUUUCGUUAAUGGGAAUCAUUCAGGAAGUGCACAAGGGACAAAAAUUACCUUUGAUAAGCCCAUUUUUUUCACUCAAGGAAGCAAUAAAAUUGAUCUCUUGAGUGCAACGGUUGGCUUACAGAACUAUGGAGCAUUUUUUGACCUCACUGGUGCUGGAAUUACUGGUCCUGUACAGCUUAGGGGACAAAGUGGCACCCUGGAUUUAUCUUCUGCAGAGUGGACAUAUCAGGUUGGUCUUAAAGGAGAGGAGUCAGGGUUGUAUGGCAGUUCUGUGAAUUCAUCAGAAUGGGUCUCACUUCCUAGCAUUCCAAAAAAUCAACCAUUGAUCUGGUACAAGUCAAGCUUCAGCGCUCCCGAGGGAAAUGAUCCAAUUGUAAUAGACUUCACAGGGUUGGGAAAGGGAGAAGCAUGGAUUAAUGGGCAGAGUAUUGGCCGCUAUUGGCCAACUAAUAUUGCUCCACAAAACGGAUGUAAUUCUUGCAGUUAUAAAGGUUCUUACAACUCUGAUAAGUGCCAGAAAAACUGUGGGAAACCUUCUCAACAGCUGUAUCAUUUGCCUCGCUCUUUGGUUCAAUCUGGGAGCAACACGCUUGUUCUCUUUGAAGAAAUGGGUGGAAAUCCAGAGCAAAUAUCUUUUGCCAUUAAGCAGGUUAAAAGCAUAUGUGGGCAUGUAUCAGAAUCACAUCCUGCUCCAUUGGUGGAAUCUAAUCUCUCUUUUAAGAAGAUAACCAUGAAUUCAACAGCUCUCCUCAAGUUGGAGUGUCCAUAUCCCAAUCAGCUCAUCUCUUCCAUAAACUUUGCGAGUUUUGGGACUCCCUCUGGCCAAUGUGGUAGCUUUAGUCAUGGUCAGUGCAGAAGUGUUCGAGCCCUUGAUGUUGUCAAACAGGGAUGCCUUGGUUUGAAGAGUUGCAGCAUCAGUGUCUCCAUCAACAUCUUUGGCGACCCAUGUGAGAGAGUCAUUAAGAGCUUGGCCGUGGAAGCUUCCUGCUCAUGAAACAGCAAAGCACUGGAAUGGUCACCAUUGUUCACUUCUGCUGUUCCCAGAAAAAAUAAAAAAAUGGCAGCAGAAAGAAAAUAAAACAAAAAAAAAGCAUCUAGUUGUACAAUAAAUAAUAUUUAAUAAAGAUGAACGACCUUCAAGAGGAAUGCAGCUUGAAGGUCUGAUUUGUCAA